GUUACUGUCGAACGAUUGUAGAACACGUAUUUAAUUGGAACUUAAAAAAAAACGUGUCGUAAAUGCCGUAAAGUAUUACCAGUGCUCAAAUCGAAUUUUCGGGAUGUUUAAUAAAUGAAUGUGGUGCUUAAUCAUUAAUUUAAACAUGUGCACUUUGCUUCAAACGUGGGCUGCAGUAUGAACUUCGCGAGUCCGCCAAUAACCGUUUGUGGUCCGUUCAACCGGCGUCAUACUCAGGGUGUGCAUGGAAAGGCCCCAUUAGUGCAACAGCCACCGCGAUGAGUACAGUGGGGGCGGGUGUUUCGAGUCCGGGACAACAGGCCGGCGCUCGAACGCCAACGGUCCCCAAAAGGCCGGCACGCCGUCCUGGAAAGGCGCCACCCGACCGGCCGCAGCGCGCCCUCUUUUGUCUCUACCUUAAGAACCCCAUCAGGAAACUAUGUAUAGAUGUCGUUGAGUGGAAACCAUUUGAAUGGUUGAUUUUGUUAACGAUCUUCGCGAACUGUGUUGCCUUAGCUGUUUACACACCUUUCCCCAAUAGCGAUUCGAAUACAACAAACGCAUAUUUGGAAAAGAUUGAAUAUAUAUUUUUAGUAAUUUUCACAGUCGAAUGUAUAAUGAAGAUAAUUGCGUAUGGGUUUUUAAUGCAUCCGGGAGCAUAUCUCCGAAAUGGUUGGAACUUAUUGGAUUUUACAAUCGUAGUUAUAGGAACAAUAAGUUCGGUACUAGCGAACCUUACAAAAGAUAGUUUCGACGUCAAAGCUCUCCGAGCUUUCAGAGUUCUUCGACCUUUAAGGCUUGUUUCGGGAGUGCCCAGUUUACAAGUUGUUUUAAACUCAAUUCUCCGUGCCAUGGUGCCUUUACUGCAUAUUGCUCUUUUAGUACUGUUUGUUAUUAUUAUUUAUGCUAUUAUUGGACUAGAGGUAUUCUCAGGAAAAAUGCAUUGUACUUGUAAAAACCAGGGUGAACUUAUGGAUAACCCCCACCCGUGCGGAGAAGGCGGUUUUAACUGCUCCACUUUGGGAGCUGAAUGGAAUUGCACGGGAGACUGGAAAGGACCAAACGAUGGUAUUACAAAUUUUGAUAAUUUUGGGUUAUCGAUGUUAACCGUAUUCCAGUGUAUUACUCUUGAAGGCUGGACAGACGUGCUGUACAAUGUACAAGACGCCACGGGAAGGGCAUAUCCAUGGCUGUAUUUCGUUUCUAUGGUUAUCUUGGGUGCAUUUUUCGUUAUGAACCUAAUUCUCGGUGUCUUGAGUGGUGAGUUUUCAAAGGAAAGAGAAAAGGCGAAAGCCAGAGGCGAUUUCCACAAGCUUAGGGAGAAGCAACAGCUGGAGGAAGACCUGAGGGGUUACCUGGACUGGAUCACUCAGGCCGAAGACAUCGAACCUGAAGGUGAAGACCAACAAAACCAGGACACGCGGAACGUCGCCCAGAACGAAAUGGACUCUACUGAUCAGCUCGGUGAAGAGGAAGUCCAACAGGAAUCGUGGUUCAAGAAGAGGAGGAAAGACUUUGAGAGGGUCAAUCGCAGGAUGCGACGAGCUUGCCGGAAAGCUGUGAAGUCUCAGACGUUUUAUUGGCUCAUUAUUAUUUUGGUAUUUCUAAACACUGGGGUUCUGGCUACGGAACAUUACCAGCAGCCACCGUGGUUGGAUAAUUUUCAAGAAUAUACAAAUAUGUUUUUUAUUGCACUAUUUACCAUGGAAAUGUUGUUAAAGAUGUAUAGUUUAGGGUUUCAAGGUUACUUCGUAUCGUUGUUUAACAGAUUCGAUUGUUUUGUUGUUAUUGGAAGUAUAACGGAGAUGGUUUUAACAAACACACAUGUGAUGCCUCCUUUGGGAAUAUCUGUGUUACGUUGCGUUAGGUUGCUAAGAGUAUUUAAGGUUACAAAAUAUUGGCGAUCACUAUCGAAUUUGGUUGCCUCGUUGUUAAAUUCUAUCCAAUCAAUCGCGUCACUGUUGCUUCUACUUUUCUUGUUCAUUGUUAUUUUUGCACUCCUUGGAAUGCAGGUUUUUGGUGGAAGAUUUAAUAAGGAUACGGAAGAGAAAACUAGAUAUAAUUUUGAUAGUUUUUGGCAGAGUUUACUCACAGUGUUUCAGAUACUGACUGGUGAAGAUUGGAACGUGGUUAUGUAUGAAGGUAUAGCGGCUUAUGGCGGCGUUGAAUCAUUUGGCGUUUUAUCGUGCAUAUAUUUUAUAAUCUUGUUUAUUUGUGGUAACUACAUUCUACUAAAUGUGUUCUUGGCUAUCGCCGUAGACAACUUGGCAGAUGCAGAAUCUCUAACAGCAAUCGAGAAGGAGGAGGAAGAAGAAAAGAAAUCGAAAAGCCCGACGCCAGUUCAGGAGGAAGAGGAGGAAGAGGGCGAAGAAGAAGAGCAUAGCAUAGAAGAGGAAGAGAGUGAAGAUGGGCACUACUCUGAAAGAUCGGAACACGAAGAGGCGGAAUCUCAAACCAAAAUCGAGUUGGAAGGCGAGUUCGACGAGGAACACGAGAAUGAAGAAGAGGAACUUGAUAUUGAUGACGAUGAAAUGGAAGUUAACAAAGAAUGCGCUAGACCUCGUAGAUUGUCAGAGGUCACCAUUGUAAAGAAAACACGCCCCAUUCCAAAAGGCAGUGCCUUCUUUAUAUUUUCUUAUAAAAACAGGUUCCGCAUCUUCUGCCACUGGUUCUGCAACCACAGUUACUUCUCCAACAUCAUUUUGGUGUGCAUCCUCGUGUCCUCGGCCCUGCUAGCUUUAGAAGAUCCCAUCGACGUCGAAUCGGACACCAAUAAGAUUCUGCAGAUAUUCGAUUACUUUUUCACUGCGAUAUUUUCGUUAGAGCUGUUGUUGAAGACCGUUUCAUACGGAUGCAUCUUACACGACGGUGCCUUUCUACGUUCGGCCUUUAACAUAUUGGACUUGGUGGUCGUCACGGUCUCCGUCGUAUCCAUUUGCAACGGAGCAGGAGGAGCGAUGUCGGUGGUAAAGAUAUUGAGAGUGCUGAGGGUGCUGCGUCCGUUGAGGGCAAUAAACAGGGCAAAAGGACUGAAGCAUGUAGUCCAGUGUGUGAUUGUAGCGGUAAAGACCAUUGGCAACAUAGUGUUGGUCACUUGCCUCCUACAGUUCAUGUUCGCGGUAAUAGGAGUCCAGUUAUUCAAGGGAAAAUUUUCGCACUGUACUGAUGGUUCCAAAUUAACAGCGACCGAAUGCAAUGGUACAUAUUUAGUAUACGUGGACGGCGAUAUCGAGAAACCGAUGAUGAAGGACCGCAGCUGGGAGCCGAACAGAUUCCAUUUUGAUAAUGUAGCAAAAGCAAUGUUGACGUUGUUCACGGUAUCUACCUUCGAGGGAUGGCCGGCACUGUUAUAUGUUUCAAUAGACUCAAACGAAGAAAACAAAGGACCAAUUCAUAACUACCGCCCCAUUGUUGCAGCAUAUUACAUAAUAUACAUUAUUAUAAUUGCCUUUUUCAUGGUUAACAUAUUCGUUGGUUUCGUUAUCGUUACAUUCCAGAACGAGGGAGAACAAGAAUACAAGAACUGCGAGCUAGACAAGAACCAACGCAAUUGUAUUGAAUUUGCCUUAAAAGCUAAGCCUGUCCGUAGAUACAUUCCCAAACAUCGUAUUCAAUACAAGGUCUGGUGGUUCGUCACUUCGCGACCUUUCGAAUAUGCAAUAUUCACCCUAAUUCUAACCAAUACUAUUACGUUAGCGAUGAAGUUUCACCAUGAACAAUACGAGUACGUGGAGUACGAAAAAGUCUUAGACUAUUUAAAUAUGAUAUUCACCGCCGUAUUCGCAAUGGAGUUCGUUUUCAAAUUAGCAGCCUUCAGAGUCAAGAACUAUUUUGGAGACGCGUGGAAUGUCUUCGACUUCAUAAUAGUUCUUGGUAGUUUCGUCGACAUUGUCCACCAGGACGUCAACGUAAGUAAGCUUUCAUUCGGUUUGCGACCGAUUAAAUGUCCCGUAUUUUACAGCCCGGAACCAAAUUCCAAAUCUCGCAAUUUUUUUCGGCUGUUUCGAGUCAUGAGACUCAUCAAACUCCUGAGCAGAGGAGAAGGUAUAAGGACCCUGCUAUGGACGUUUCUAAAAUCGUUCCAAGCGCUGCCGUACGUAGCACUGCUCAUCGUGCUGCUUUUCUUCAUCUACGCCUCCAUUGGAAUGCAGAUCUUCGGGAAGAUAGAAAAUAGCGAUCUGCAUUCCGAGUCUUCGAUAAAUCGGAACAACAAUUUCGGAUCGUUUCUGCAGGCCGUGCUGGUGCUGUUCCGAUCGGCAACAGGGGAAGCUUGGCAAGAGAUUAUGAUGGACUGCGCCGAAACCGACGCUGCGAAGUGCCACACCCUCCUGAAGAAAACGGAAGGAACCAAUUGCGGAUCAAACAUGGCGUAUCCAUAUUUCAUUUCGUUUUACGUCUUAUGUUCAUUUUUGAUCAUAAACUUAUUCGUAGCUGUAAUCAUGGAUAACUUCGACUACUUAACACGAGACUGGUCAAUUCUAGGACCACAUCAUUUAGAUGAAUUUAUAAGGCUGUGGAGUGAAUACGAUCCUGACGCAAAAGGCAGGAUAAAACACUUAGAUGUCGUCACCCUCCUCCGGAAAAUUUCCCCUCCUUUAGGUUUCGGGAAGCUGUGUCCCCACCGCGUAGCAUGCAAACGUCUAGUUUCCAUGAACAUGCCGUUGAACAGCGAUGGCACCGUAUUGUUCAAUGCCACUUUAUUCGCAGUGGUCCGUACGUCGCUCCGUAUAAAAACGGAGGGCAACAUUGACGAAGCCAACGCCGAACUAAGGACCGUCAUCAAAAAAAUCUGGAAGAGAACCAGCCCCAAGCUGCUGGAUCAGGUCGUGCCACCUCCAGGGGUCGAAGACGAAGUAACGGUUGGAAAAUUCUACGCCACCUUCCUCAUCCAAGACUACUUCAGGCGCUUCAAGAAGCGGAAGGAGCAAGAACUCAAGGAAGGAGACAAGGACACCAACAAUACAGUCACGUUGCAAGCAGGUCUACGCACGUUGCACGAGGCUGGCCCUGAGCUGAAACGCGCGAUAUCGGGCAACUUGGACGAACUCGUCGACGACAAUCCAGAACCCAUGCACCGCAGAAACCAUUCCCUGUUCGGCAGCGUGUGGUCCUCCAUGAGGAGGGGGCACAGUUUCAACCGCGCCAAGUCGUUAAAGUUGAACUCGACGCAAAUCAAGAUCACGCCCGCUUCCAGCGUUGACUAUCUCCCCUACAACUCGAUUAAGAAUGCCGUUACCGAGGGAAUGAACCACAUCACGUCUAUGACUAAGAACGUGGUGCAGAAUCGGGCGAGCGCGACGUCCCUACACAAUCAGGAGGGUCUUAACGACGAAGAGAUACCGCUUAGGUCGUUGAGCAACCUGCACAACGGAGAAGAGAAGAACAGCUAUACGGUUAUCGAUAAAACUGGCUUCCUGCACCCUAACUACAAGGUUUCAGUUGGACCCGGCGAACCAAACGGACAUGCGGGUACAGAGAGACUGACCCAUUCACUGCCAGGCAGUCCAGCGGACCGCAGACCAGCUUCCUUCGAAGUUGUUGGAUCCGCCGAGAGCCUAGUCGGACGAAUCCUAGCUGAACAAGGCUUGGGAAAAUACUGUGAUCCCGACUUCGUCCGCUACACCUCCAAGGAGAUGCAGGAGGCCAUGGACAUGACGCAGGAGGAGAUGGACCGCGCGGCACACCAGCUGCUCCAGCAGGAGAAGAGGAUACACCCAGUCGGUCUCGGCGAUUCGCUCCAACAGCCGCACUUAUAGCACGACCUGAUAGUCUCCUAAAAUCUCCCGCCACACUACUAAGUGCCUAAAUUAAUUUCUUCUGGUCCAAAGAAGACUAAGUAUAAUAAUAACGUGUAGUUUUUUAACCUGGAUUUUACUUCAGAAGGAUUGUUUCUCCAGUUACUACAAAAUUCCAUGUACAGGGUGUGACUACAAAAAUAUUAAGAACUGUCAUUACGAUUUUGUAAUAUCAAAUGUGUCAAACUAUUAUAAAUAUUUAAUUUUCAUUUCGACCCCGUCAUACGAUUGUUCGAUGAUCCGUUAUUUUUUAUUGUCAAGUAUACAUGCAUCUCUCUCUUACAACCAACUUCACGUCAUCAAACAAAACGGUUUAUGUUAAGACGAUACAACAGUCAGUGUAAAAGAGGAUGCUAGUGGUUUUUCUUUGUAAUUUCACCGCAAACUAAGAAUAGAAAUUAUCCACAACACAAUUAGAACAUAACGCUAGUACCUCGUACAUUUUGAGGUUAUUAGAUUUAUUUCCAACGCAAGAUAUACGCAAUGAGGGAAAUGGCGAGGUUUCCUGAACACCUACAGCUCAUAUUGACAACAUAGAUCUAUCUAGACGUAAUGACGUUUACUCGAGUGCCAAACUUCCUCUUCUGUGGUAAAUGUAUUUAACGAAAAUAUAAAUUGUAUAUAUUUUUUAAAUUAUAUAUGAUAAAUACAUACGGUACAAAUUUAACUCAUAUUAUUUCGACAAAACCGACUGACUAUGUGGUAGAAAAUUUCAUUACAGACUAAACUAUGUAGCUACGAGGAAUGUGCCAAAAUUUCUGUCACUAUAUGGUAAAAUUACUAUUAUUUCCUUAACGAUAACGGCUUGUUUGUUUAUAUAAAAAAACGUUAGCUAUUUCAGAAUGUAAAUGCCUCAGACUUCCCGGAACGAGCGUAAAUUUUGCGUAAUAUAAACAAUGCGUUGAUUAGAUUUUCCCGAGUAUGUAUACCUGGUGAUAACAAAAUAAACACGCACAAACAUUCAUCCAAAAAACUUUACAUAGUGAGAAAUUUGUCAUUAUAAUUGUAAUAUAUUGUAUAUUAAAUUCUCAAUAUUAAUGUAUA